AUGAAGUUCACCACCUCCGCCGUCAUUGCCUCCACCUUAGCCAUUGUCUCUGCUUCGCCCAUCGCCGCUGUCGACAACACUACCAACACCGAUCCCUUCGCUGCUACCAAGCCUUCUGGCAACGAUGUCUUCCGCCUGAUGUCCUUCCGCACUGGUACCCCCAUUCAGUUCGGAAACGUCCAAGCCAUAAAGGGUGGUCUCAGCAUCAACGCUCCCAAGCAAGACUCCUCCUGCACAGACCCAGAAGCAAACUACGCCAGCUUUUCACUCACCGAGGAGGGCGACUUGUACCUCUACACUCCCAACCCACCUCUGCGGGCCUACGUCGACCGCUCCGGCAUGGGCCAGGGUGUCCUUCAAUUCACAAUGGGUGUCCAGGGCAUCGGCAGGAACCAAGAGCGUGGUCCUUUCAAGAUUGACGACGAGUCGAACUUGGUUUUCGCGGCGGCAAACGGUAUUGUUGGUUUCCAGGCGUGCCCGGGUGCGGAGGAAGAUGGUUACAGCGUCUGGUUGUCGGGUGUUUCGACUCCAGCUGGUAUCGAGGGAUGCAUCCCAUUCACGAUGAAGGCGCUCAAGGAGGAGACGCCUGUCAAGUGCCUCUACAACAACAUGUCAACUUAA